AUGAGUUCCAAGAGUGAAAGUGUAGCAAGCUCGGUUAGCAGCUGUGAUGAGUCGAGCGAGAAGGAGGUGAUACCAAGAAAGCGUGGAAGGCCUCGUAAGAACGACGGGAUGCCAGGGAGGCAGGCGCGGCAGAGAGUGAAUCCGAUGCUUUAUCAGUCUCCUCUUGGGUAUCAAUACAUGGCACCAUCGGGGGUGAUGAGAGUACCUGUGCAGUAUGGAUUUGAGAAUAGAUUUGAUUUUAAGCAUGGGUUUGGAGGAUAUUCGCAUGGUACAGAGAUGAAGAUGAUGCAUGAGAUGGAAGAGAGGAGGCCUGCAAGGAGUAGCGGCAGGGAAAGGAUGGAGGAAAGGAAUGUGUAUGUGCCUGAGAAGAGGCAGAAGCGAUGUGCGGCGAUGGUUCGACGAAUUACAGCAGCUGACAGCGAGAGCAGCGUUAGUGAAGAGAGUGAGGAAGAGUCUGACGAUGGGAUUGAGAAGCUUUUGAAGUAUGACGAUGAGAAUGAGAAGUAUUUUGUGAAGUUUCGCAACAAGAGCUAUCUGCACUGUGGCUGGGUAUCGAAGGAGGAGAUAGUGGCGACGAAGAUUGGGGCAAUGAAGGUAAAGAAGUUCAAGGCGAUGGAGGUGCCGUUCAACCCGGACUUUCUGAAGGUGGACAGGAUACUGCACGAGGAUUAUGAUGGGGAGAAGGUAUUUUUGGUGAAGUGGAAGGGGCAGCCGUAUGAGCUAUCGACGUUUGAAACUGCAGAGAAUGUGACGAAAUGCGAGCUAUUUGAGGAUGAGCUGCGGAAGUACAGGGAUAGGAAGAAGAUGCGGAAUAUGAGGGUGGGGAUUGAUUGGAGGCCGCCAAGAGAGAAUUUUAUCAAAUAUGAGGAGUCGCCGAUGUUUAAGGGAGGGAACCGGCUUCGGGAGUAUCAACUAGAGGGGCUGAACUGGCUGCUGAACAGGUGGUAUUACCGGCAGAGCUGUAUUAUGGCGGAUGAGAUGGGGUUAGGAAAGACUGUGCAGUCUGUUACGUUUAUUAAUACGCUUUUUACGAAGUAUGAGUAUAGUGCGCCGGUUCUGAUAGUGACGCCUCUUAGCAUUAUUCCGCAUUGGGAACGGGAGUUUGAGGCAUGGACGGAUUUGCGAGUGCUGAAGUAUCAUGAGAGCAGGCCGGGGAGGGCGUUAAUUGCGGAGUAUGAGUUUGUGCUCCGGAAGAACAAUCUUGAGAUCAGGCUAUUUGAUGUGCUGAUUACUACGUAUGACACGGUGAUGGCGGAGCAGGAGCAUCUGAGCCAGUUUUAUUUUUCAGUUGGGAUAUUUGAUGAAGCGCAUCGGCUGAAGAAUUCGAAGUCGAAGGCAGCAAGUGUGCUAAGGACGCUGAAAUUCAAUCACAAGGUGUUGCUGAGCGGAACCCCGAUACAGAACAAUAUUUCUGAGUUGUGGUCGUUGCUUAACUUUAUUGAUCCAGGGCGGUUUUCGAGCCAGCAGAGUUUUCUGGAUGAGUUUAAGAUGGAGAACAUCAACGAUGUUGAGAAGCUUCAGGGGCUAUUGCGGCCGUUAAUGCUGAGAAGAAUGAAGGAGGAUGUCGAGAAGAGUAUACCCUCGAAGGAGGAGACGAUCAUUGAGGUUGCACUGACGAUGAUACAGAAGCGGUUUUACAGGGCGAUUCUUGAGAGGAAUAUUGAGUUUCUGACGAAAGGAGGGAAGGAGUCAGCGCCGAAUCUGCUGAAUGUGAUGAUGGAGUUGCGUAAGUGCUGCAUUCAUCCGUACCUGAUCAAGGGAGCCGAGGAGCAGAUUCUCAGUGGGUAUGUGAAGAAGAAGAAGGAGAAGAGCAAGAGCGAAGGAGAGAAUGAAGUGCCGGCCGUAGUGGAAAGGAUAAGUGUUGAAGGGGAGAACCAUGACGGAGGGCUGAUUGGGGAUAUUGAUGAGUAUUAUAAGGUGUUUAUACAGAGCAGUGGAAAGCUUGUUCUUCUUGAUAAGCUUCUUGGGAAGCUGAAGGAGGGGCACAAGGUGCUUAUUUUUUCGCAGAUGACAAGGUGCCUGGAUUUGCUUGCGGAGUAUCUUACGUAUAGAAGAUACAAGUAUGAGAGGAUUGAUGGCGGGGCGAGGACUGAGAACCGGCAGGCAGCGAUUGAUAGGUUUAGCGACAAGGAAAGCGAUGUUUUUGUGUUUCUGCUGAGCACACGUGCAGGAGGAGUGGGGAUAAACCUGACGGCAGCGGACACAGUGAUUAUUUUUGACUCUGAUUGGAAUCCUCAAGCAGAUCUGCAGGCACAGGCUAGAUGCCAUAGAAUUGGGCAGACGAGUGAGGUGAAGGUAUACAGGCUGGUGACUGAGAAUACUUAUGAGAGGGAGAUGUUUGACAAGGCAGGGCUGAAACUGGGGCUUGACAAGGCGGUGCUACAGAAGAUGACGUUUGAGGAGCAGAAGAAUGAGAAAACAAGGAAGAAGGAUGCGAUUGAGGUGCUUCUUCGUAAGGGAGCAUAUGGGGUUCUUAUGGAGACGGAUGAUGCAUCGAGCAGGAAGUUCUGUGAGGAAGAUAUUGAUCAGAUUCUGGAGAGACGAACGAAGAUAGUGAAGCAUUGUGACGGAGGAAAUGUGUUUUCGAAGGCUUCUUUCCAGGUUGAAGAAGAUGUUGAUGAUCCUGAUUUCUGGGAGAAUCUCCUGAGCAAGAAGAGAUUCGAGGAGAGUGAAGGAAGGGUGCGAAGGCAGAUGAGACGGCUUGCAAGGGAAGGAGGGCUUUCUAGGGAGGAAGUGAGUGAGAUUGAUGAGCUGCUGAAGAUGGAGCUUGAAGACAAGGAUGAGAAUGUGUUUUAUGAGAAUGAGUGUUUGCUGAUAUUUCUGGGUGUGUUGAGGCAUGGGCUGCGAUCUGUUGGGCUUGAUGUAUUUAGGAGUGAAGGCGGAGCUGUUGGGGAAGGGGUUGUUAUUGAGCAGAGUAAGCGUUUUAGAGAGACUGAGGGGCAUUUCAAGUAUAUUAUGAAGUACAAUGUUGAUCAGUUGCAGAGUUCGAAGGUUAGAUCUGACUUUUGCGACGGGAUUGGCGAGUUUCUGGUUGAUAACUAUGACCCGUCGCUGUUUUCGAAGUUUGAGCCUGUGUAUAAGAAGUAUGGGGAGAGGUUUUUGCUGCGGGUACAGGCAGUGAUGAUGCUUGCAUCGCUUGUGAAUACUGAAGAUCUUGUUGUUGAGAAAGUAAGAGGAUGGAGCAGUGAGGAUGACAGAAGGCUUGUUGAGCUUGUGCUCGGGUAUGGAUAUGAUUGCUAUCCGGAGAUGGUGAACAACAAGAGUGUUGACGACAUGAACCAAAGGGUCCGAAAGAUUAUUUCGACGCUUAGCAGGAAGAAAGAGAUACGUGAGAAUGAUAACCUGUUUCAUAAGGCAAUAAUGAAUUUUGGAAAGAUCACUGGGGACAAUCGGGAGAGUGUGGAAAGGUUUUUGGGAGACAAGAGUAUAGAGGGGCUUGAGGAGACCAUCAAUGGAAUAGUUGAGGCGACCAAGAAGCAUAAGUUGAAUAGUUCUGAGGUAGAAUGCCUUGAUAGAAUGGUAUGGUUUGAUGGGGUUAGGGAGAUGGAGAAGCUUCCUAGCCUGAAGAGGGGUAUGCUGCCUAAGAAUUGGAAUGUAGAUAUGGUUUAUGGCUUGAGGAAUGAACUACUGAGGAGUGGGCUUGCGGCAUGUAUGGAGAAGUAUGAUGUUGGCGAGGAGCUGCUGGUGAAGAAGUUUGAGGCGUUGUUUUCUUGCAGUCGGACUGCGUAA